AUUGAAUGGUGUUAUGUAAUUCUAGAUACACCACUGGGCUGACGUGAGUAAAUGAUCACCUUCUUACAGAACAAUUGGAGAAAGAGACAUGAAAAGAACUGAAAUACUUGUGUUGAUGUAUUUUCAUACACUGGCACGCUACCAGGUAAUCUAAGCUUGGUAAAGUAACCUUAUAUAAUAUACGUCCUUGAGAAUGGAAACCGCACAAGCUCGUGAUGGCGUGGUGAUACACAGAAAUGGGUAUGUUGUAUAUUGUGACUCAAGGCUGAUUCUCAUGCCUUACCCUUUUCACAGAGUACAGGGAGGCGGUUCUUACAUAGGGAGUCAUUCUAUUUUGCCUGAGUGCUAGGAGAAACUCCCGUAUUUUUGCAUGAAGCAUUUAUUAAAUAAGAUUGAUUUAGUUGUCUCCUAUAAUUUUGUUUGGGCUUGUUUUUUCCAAUAGGUUGUAGAAAUUUAGAAAAUCUAAUAUAGCCAAGAAUGAAACAGGAGACCUAGAGUUUCCUCAUCUAUUCCUUCCCAGGUGAGGAAAAUUACACAUAAAUCAAUUUUACCGGUAUUGGCCAGCUGAUGCAUGUCAAAGAAUCAGGGUUACAAGAGAAUAUUGUCCAGCGAGGGAAGGUACUGAUUCACAGAAUCUUUGGGUACUUCACCCAGAACCUAGAUCAUCUUCAUCCAUUUCAUUGCAAGCCCUCCAUGAUCGACUAUAGCCCACAUUUUCCAGAACGAGGCACCACCUUUACUGACACCUACAAUGGGAAGCAAAAGACCAGGAAUGCUGCCGGAGGACUUUGUCAUGGAUGAAACUAUUACAGGCAGUGGUCUAAUGCUUCCAGUCUGGAGAGGCCUCCAAGCUGGGCCUUUUAGGGGCUUCCCUGGCGGUCCAGUGGUCAAGACUCCACACUUCCACUGCAGGGGGCACGGGUUCAAUCCCUGGUUGGAGAACUAAGAUCCCACAUGCCGUGUGGUGCAGCCAAAAGAAAAACAUCAAGCUGGGCCUUUUAUUAAAUACUGCCUUAGAGUAAAUCAUCUUUCUUAACGGGUCAUAUUUUAGAUUUGGGCUUUAUCUCCCGUAAACCUCAGAAUGCAGAGGAAAUGAAACGUUCCAGGGGCUGGUACUUCCCACCAAGAGCAUAGAAUGUAUUAGUACUUCUUUCCAUGAGCUUCAAAUAACUUGCUUCGUCCCCAUGGGAUCUGAAACGUUUGUUCUAUCUUUCCAAUCCUGCCUUCCAACAUAAUGUAGCAAAAACUGGGAUUUAGGAGUAGAAAGGUUUUGGACCUGAAUCCUGUUUGUUAAACAACACUGAGGAAUGUAGGUCCAGAACUAUUGGGUGUUUCUGGUUUGAAGGAAGUUUCUUUAGUUCAUUUAACAUUGCCAUGAAUGUCAGUGCAUGCAGUCGCCAAAUCAGAGUUAGCUUAGAAUCUACAAACUCAGUUCUCUGUAACAGGAACACGGAGAGCUAGAAGGUUUAAAAUAGAUGUCAUAUGAUACCGAUUAUAACUCAGUGAAAUUUUGCAGUCCCAAGAACCUAUACAGAGUGUGAACCAAAAUGGAGGACGGUCCUGUUUCCUUUGGCUUUAAAAACAUUUUUAUUACAAUGUUUGCUACUUUUUUUUUCUUCAAGCUUUUAAUUAAAGUGUUCUUGGCGCUCCUAACCCAUUUCUAUAUCGUCAAAGGAAAUAGAAAAGAAGCGGCUAGGAUAGCAGAAGAGAUCUAUGGUGAAAUUUCAGAUUGCUGGGCCGAUCGGUCUCCACUUCAUGAAGCGGCAGCUCAGGGGCGCCUACUGGCCCUGAAAACUUUAAUUGCACAGGGCGUCAACGUGAACCUGGUAACAAUUAACCGGGUCUCUUCUCUCCAUGAGGCGUGCCUGGGAGGCCACGUGGCCUGCGCUAAGGCCCUAUUGGAGAACGGCGCCCACGUCAACGGGGUGACAGUUCAUGGAGCCACGCCCCUCUUCAAUGCUUGCUGCAGUGGCAGCGCUGCGUGUGUCAACGUGCUGCUGGAGUUUGGAGCCAAGGCCCAGCUUGAGGUGCACCUGGCUUCACCCAUCCACGAGGCAGUGAAGAGAGGUAAUAGAGAGUGCAUGGAGAUUCUGCUGGCAAAUAACGUUAACAUUGACCAGGAAGUGCCUCACCUUGGAACUCCCCUGUAUGUGGCUUGCACCUAUCAGAGGCUAGACUGUGUGAAGAAGCUUCUAGAAUUAGGAGCCAAUGUUGACCACGGCCAGUGGCUGGACACCCCCCUCCAUGCCGCUGCGAAGCAGAACAGUGUGGAAAUCAUCCACCUGCUGAUAGACUACGGGGCUAGCCUCAAGUGCAAAAACGCUCAGGGCAAGAGUGCACUUGAUCUGGCAGCUCCGAAAAGCGGCGUGCAGCAGGCGCUUCUGCUCCGGGAAGGCCCGCCUGCUCUUUCCCAGCUGUGCCGCCUGUGUGUCCGGAAGUGCUUGGGUCGCACCUGUCAUCAGACCAUCCACAAACUGUAUCUGCCGGAGCCACUGGAAAAAUUCCUCCUAUACCAGUAGUCCCAACUGUCCACGGGAAGAUACUUGGAAAUAAACAGGUUGUUGCCUGCUGUACCCAGGGUACCUAGUAUAGACACCCAACAGCUAGACUCCCUAGUGUAACACCCAACAGCUAGACUCUCAAAUGAGCUAAGCUAGUUAGAGCACAUCCCUGAUGGACUGGCACACGUGGGGAAUGAAAACUCCUGGUUAGUUUAAUGUUCUCUUUAACCAAGGGGCAAUCAGAAACUUUUCUGUUUUUAGCUCUUGCUGUUAAGAAACUUUAAAAAAUUGUGAAGUAGGGUGAAAUUAAUAGGCUGUUUUUCAAGAUUCAUGAUCUUUGAUUAAGGAUCACCAUUCUGAAUAGCGUGUAGACACACAUAAAUCUGGGUGGGUAAGAUUAGGAUGAAUAUGAGUAUUCGAAGAUGGGUUCCUGAUUUAGUUCUUCCCUUCUUCCCCCUUUCUUUCUUUCCUUCCAUGAAUAAAUCUCUGCUAAAAUUUUA